AAGGGUAGCCAAGGAUGGCUGCGGCUUCCUAUGAUCAAUUGUUAAAGCAAGUUGAGGCACUGAAGAUGGAGAACUCCAAUCUUCGACAAGAGCUGGAAGAUAAUUCCAAUCAUCUUACCAAACUGGAAACUGAGGCAUCUAACAUGAAGGAGGUACUUAAACAACUACAAGGAAGUAUUGAAGAUGAAGCUAUGACUUCUUCUGGACAGAUUGAUAUAUUAGAGCGUCUCAAAGAACUUAACUUAGAUAGCAGCAAUUUCCCUGGAGUGAAAUUACGGUCCAAAAUGUCCCUCCGUUCCUUUGGGAGCCGGGAAGGUUCCGUGUCAAGCCGUUCAGGCGAGUGCAGUCCUGUCCCCACGGGCUCAUUUCCAAGAAGAGGGGUUGUCAAUGGAAGUAGAGAGAACACCAGUUGCUUAGAAGAGCUUGAGAAAGAAAGAUCACUACUUCUUGCUGAUCUUGACAAAGAAGAAAAGGAAAAAGACUGGUAUUAUGCUCAACUUCAGAAUCUCACAAAAAGAAUAGAUAGUCUUCCUUUAACUGAAAAUUUUUCCUUGCAAACAGAUAUGACCAGGAGGCAAUUAGAAUAUGAAGCAAGGCAAAUCAGAGUUGCAAUGGAAAAACAACUAGGCACUUGCCAGGAUAUGGAAAAACGAGCACAGCAAAGAGUAACAAGGAUUCAGCAGAUAGACAAGGACAUACUUCGCAUACGACAACUGUUACAGACCCAGACAGCAGAAACAGAGAGAUUAUCUCAGAACAAGCAUGAAGCUGGCUCACGUGAAACAGAGCGACAGAAUGAAGGCCAAGGAGUGGCAGAAGUCAGCACAGCAGCUUCUUCUGGAAGUGCACAGGUUUCAGCUACACGAAUGGAUCAUGAAACUGCCAGUGUUUUAAGUUCUAGUAGCACACACUCCGCUCCUCGGAGGCUGACGAGCCACUUGGGAACCAAGGUGGAAAUGGUGUAUUCAUUGUUGUCAAUGCUGGGUACUCAUGAUAAGGAUGAUAUGUCGCGAACUUUGCUAGCUAUGUCCAGCUCCCAAGACAGCUGUAUAUCCAUGCGGCAGUCUGGAUGUCUUCCUCUGCUCAUCCAGCUCUUACAUGGCAAUGACAAAGACUCUGUGUUGUUGGGAAACGCCCGGGGCAGUAAAGAGGCUCGGGCCAGGGCCAGUGCGGCACUCCACAACAUCAUUCACUCACAGCCUGAUGACAAGCGAGGCAGGCGUGAAACCCGAGUCCUUCAUCUUUUGGAACAGAUCCGAGCAUACUGUGAAACCUGUUGGGAGUGGCAGGAAGCUCAUGAACAAGGCAUGGACCAGGACAAAAAUCCAAUGCCAGCUCCUGUUGAACAUCAGAUCUGUCCUGCCGUGUGUGUUCUUAUGAAACUUUCAUUUGAUGAAGAACAUAGACAUGCAAUGAAUGAACUUGGCAGGAAGGCUCCCCGGGGCAUUCCACCACAGGAGCUAGGUCAGGGUCUUCCAGGGGGACUCCAGGCCAUUGCAGAAUUAUUGCAGGUGGACUGUGAAAUGUAUGGGCUUACUAAUGAUCACUACAGUAUUACAUUGCGACGAUACGCCGGGAUGGCUCUGACAAACUUGACUUUUGGAGAUGUAGCCAACAAGGCUACACUCUGUUCGAUGAGAGGCUGCAUGAGAGCACUGGUGGCCCAACUGAAAUCUGAGAGCGAGGACCUGCAGCAGGUCAUUGCAAGUGUUCUAAGGAACCUGUCUUGGCGAGCAGAUGUAAAUAGUAAAAAGACACUGCGUGAAGUUGGGAGUGUAAAAGCACUAAUGGAAUGUGCUUUGGAGGUUAAAAAGGAAUCAACCCUCAAAAGUGUACUGAGUGCCUUAUGGAAUUUAUCAGCACACUGCACUGAGAAUAAAGCUGAUAUCUGUGCUGUGGACGGUGCACUUGCAUUUUUGGUUGGCACUCUCACUUACCGGAGUCAGACAAAUACUCUAGCCAUUAUUGAAAGUGGAGGUGGAAUAUUACGAAAUGUGUCCAGCUUGAUAGCUACAAAUGAGGAUCACAGACAAAUCCUAAGAGAGAACAACUGCCUGCAAACAUUAUUACAGCAUUUAAAAUCUCACAGUUUGACAAUAGUCAGCAAUGCUUGUGGAACCCUGUGGAAUCUCUCAGCAAGAAACCCCAAAGACCAGGAAGCAUUGUGGGACAUGGGGGCAGUAAGCAUGCUCAAGAACCUCAUUCAUUCAAAGCACAAGAUGAUUGCUAUGGGAAGUGCUGCAGCUUUACGGAAUCUCAUGGCAAAUAGACCUGCGAAAUACAAGGAUGCCAAUAUAAUGUCUCCUGGUUCAAGCUUGCCUUCUCUUCAUGUCAGGAAACAAAAGGCCCUGGAAGCAGAAUUAGAUGCUCAGCAUUUAUCAGAAACAUUUGACAAUAUUGACAAUUUAAGUCCCAAGGCAACUCAUCGUAGUAAGCCAAGACACAAGCAGAGUCUUUAUGGGGACUAUGUUUUUGACAACAACCGACAUGAUGACAACAGACCAGAUAGCUUCAAUACUGGAAAUAUGACAGUUCUUUCACCAUAUUUAAACACUACAGUGUUGCCCAGCUCUUCAUCGAGGGGAAGUUUAGAUAGUUCUCGUUCUGAAAAAGAUAGGAGUUUGGAGAGAGAACGAGGAAUUCGUUUGGGUGACUACCACUCAACAGCAGAAAACCCGGGAACCUCCUCAAAGCGAGGUCUCCAGAUCUCCACCACUGCAGCCCAUAUUGCCAAAGUCAUGGAAGAAGUGUCAGCCAUUCAUAGCUCCCAAGAAGAAAGAAGUUCGGGAUCGGCCACUGAGUUACACUGUGGGACAGAUGAAAGGAAUGCCUUAAGAAGAAGCUCUACCACCCAUCCACACUCAAACACUUACAACUUCACUAAGCCAGAAAAUUCAAAUAGGACAUGUCCAAUGCCUUAUGGCAAAUUGGAAUAUAAGAGAUCUUCAAAUGAUAGCUUAAAUAGUGUCAGUAGUAGUGAUGGCUAUGGCAAAAGGGGGCAAAUGAAACCUUCCAUUGAAUCUUACUCUGAAGAUGAUGAAAGUAAAUUCUGUAGCUAUGGUCAAUAUCCAGCUGACCUGGCCCAUAAAAUACAUAGUGCAAAUCAUAUGGAUGAUAAUGAUGGAGAACUAGAUACACCAAUAAAUUAUAGCCUCAAGUAUUCAGAUGAGCAGUUGAAUUCUGGAAGGCAAAGUCCUUCACAGAACGAAAGAUGGGCAAGACCCAAACAUAUUAUAGAAGAUGAAAUAAAACAAAACGAGCAGAGACAAUCAAGGAGUCAAAGCACAACUUACCCCAUAUACCCUGAGAACACUGAUGAUAAACAUCUCAAAUUCCAACCACAUUUUGGACAGCAGGAAUGUGUGUCCCCAUAUAGAUCAAGAGGAGCCAACGGUUCAGAAACAAAUCGAGUAGGUUCUAACCUACAUUCUGGCAUUAACCAGAAUGUAAACCAGGCAUUGUGUCAAGAAGAUGAUUAUGAGGACGAUAAGCCAACUAACUAUAGUGAGCGUUACUCUGAAGAAGAGCAGCAUGAAGAAGAAGAGAGACCAACAAAUUAUAGCAUAAAAUAUAAUGAAGAAAAGCAUCAUGUAGAUCAGCCUAUUGAUUACAGUCUAAAAUAUACCACUGACAUUCCUUCCUCACAGAAACCAGGCUUUUCCUUUACAAAGAAUCCGUCUACCCAGAACACUAAAACUGAGCACAUCUCUUCAAACAGUGAGAGCAAUGUUACACCUUCAUCUAACUCUAAGAGGCAGAAUCCACUCCAUCCAAGUUCAUCCCAGAGUAGAAGUAGCCAGACUCAGAAAGCUGCUUCUUGCAAAGUUCCCUCUAUCAACCAAGAAACAAUACAGACUUACUGUGUAGAAGAUACGCCGAUAUGUUUCUCAAGGUGUAGUUCAUUGUCAUCUUUGUCAUCUGCUGAAGAUGAAAUAGGAUGUGAUCAGACAACACAGCCAACAGAUUCUGCAAAUACGUUACAAAUUGUAGAAAUUAAAGAAAACAAUGGAGCUAGAUCAACUGAAGAUUCUGUGAAUGAAGUUCCCACAGCAUCCCAACAUCUUAGAGCCAAGUCCAGCAGACUGCAGGCUUCUGGUUUAUCUUCUGAAUCAACCAGACACAAAGCUGUAGAAUUUUCCUCAGGAGCCAAAUCUCCAUCAAAAAGUGGAGCCCAGACACCUAAAAGCCCACCAGAACACUACGUGCAGGAGACUCCCCUCAUGUUUAGUAGAUGUACCUCUGUCAGCUCACUUGACAGCUUUGAGAGUCGCUCUAUUGCCAGCUCUGUUCAGAGCGAGCCCUGCAGUGGAAUGGUCAGUGGUAUUAUAAGCCCUAGUGACCUUCCAGAUAGCCCUGGACAAACCAUGCCGCCAAGUAGAAGUAAAACCCCUCCUCCUCCUCCAGCAAUCACAAAUACGCAAGAGGUCCCUCAAAACAAAAUACCUAAUGCUGAAAAGAGUGGACCUAAGCAAGCUGCGGUGCAUGCUGCCGUCCAGCGGGUGCAGGUUCUUCAAGAUACUGAUACUUUAAUGCAUUUUGCCACAGAAAGUACUCCAGAUGGAUUUUCUUGUUCAUCCAGCCUGAGCGCUCUGAGUCUUGAUGAGCCAUUUAUACAGAAAGAUGUGGAAUUGAGAAUAAUGCCCCCGGUGCAGGAAAAUGACAAUGGGAAUGAAACCGAAUCUGAGCAGCCUGAAGAAGCACAUGAAAAUCAGGGUAAAAAGGCAGAAAAGCCCGCUGAUUCUGAAAAAGAUCUUUUAGAUGAUUCUGAUGAUGAUGAUAUUGAAAUACUAGAAGAAUGUAUCAUCUCUGCCAUGCCAACAAAAUCUUCACAUAAAGCCAAAAGGCCACCCCAGGCGACUUCAAAAUUACCUCCACCCGUGGCACGGAAACCAAGUCAGUUACCUGUGUACAAACUUUUGCCGUCACAAAACCGGCUACAAGCACAAAAGCAUGUUAGCUUUACACCAGGAGAUGACGUGCCACGAGUAUAUUGCGUAGAAGGGACACCCAUCAACUUUUCCACAGCGACAUCGCUCAGUGAUCUCACAAUCGAAUCCCCUCCCAAUGAGUCUGCAGGAGAAGGGGUUCGAGCAGGGGCACCACUGGGAGAAUUUGAAAAGCGAGACACCAUUCCCACAGAAGGCAGAAGUACAGAUGAGGCUCAAAGAGGAAAGGCCUCAUCGUUCACUAUACCUGAAUUAGAUGACAAUAAAACAGAAGAAGGCGAUAUCCUUGCAGAAUGCAUUAAUUCUGCUAUGCCGAAAGGAAAAAGUCACAAGCCUUUCCGGGUUAAAAAGAUAAUGGACCAGGUCCAGCAAGCUUCUAUGUCUUCCUCAGGAACUAACAAAAAUCAGUUAGAGAGUAAGAAAAAGAAACCAACUUCACCAGUUAAACCUAUGCCACAAAAUACUGAAUCUAGGACUCGUGUCAGAAAAAAUCCAGACACAAAAAGCAAUUUAAAUGCAGACAGAACUUUCCCAGACAACAAAGAUUCAAAGAAACAGAACCUGAAAAAUAAUUGCAAGGAUUUCACUGAUAAGCAACCAAAUAAUGAAGAUCGAAUCAGAGGAAGUUUUACUUUUGAUUCCCCUCAUCAUUACACACCUAUUGAAGGAACUCCAUAUUGUUUUUCACGAAACGAUUCUCUGAGUUCUCUAGAUUUUGAUGAUGAUGAUGUGGAUCUUUCUAGGGAAAAGGCCGAAUUAAGAAAGGGGAAAGAAAAUAAGGAGUCAGAGGCUAAAGUCCACACAGAACUAACCUCUAACCAACAGCCAACUACUAAGACACAAGCUGUUACAAAACAUCCGGUAAAUCGAGGUCAGUCUAAACCUUUACUGCAGAAACAAUCCACUUUUCCGCAGUCUUCCAAAGAUGUACCAGAUAGAGGAGCAGCAACUGAUGAGAAAUUACAGAAUUUUGCUAUUGAAAAUACUCCAGUUUGCUUCUCUCGAAAUUCCUCUCUGAGUUCUCUUAGUGACAUUGAUCAAGAAAACAAUAACAGUAAAGAAAAUGAGCCUAUCAAAGAGAGAGUACCCCCUGACUCACAGGGAGAACCGAGUAAACCUCAGACAUCUGGCUAUGCUCCUAAGUCAUUCCAUGUUGAAGAUACCCCUGUCUGCUUCUCUAGAAACAGUUCCCUCAGUUCUCUUAGUAUUGAUUCUGAAGAUGAUCUGCUGCAGGAAUGUAUAAGUUCUGCAAUGCCAAAGAAGAAAAAGCCUCCAAGACCUAAGGGUGAUCAUGAGAAGCAUAGUCCCAGGAAUAUGGGUGGCAUUUUGGCAGAAGAUUUAACAUUAGAUUUGAAAGAUAUAGACAGACCAGAUUCAGAGCAUGGCUUAUCCCCUGACUCAGAAACGUUUGAUUGGAAAGCUAUUCAGGAGGGUGCAAAUUCUAUAGUAAGUAGUUUACAUCAAGCUGCUGCAGCUGCCUGCUUAUCUAGGCAAGCUUCCUCUGAUUCGGAUUCGAUCCUUUCACUGAAAUCAGGAAUCUCCCUGGGGUCACCAUUUCAUCUUACACCUGACCAGGAGGAAAAACCCUUUACAAGCAAUAAAGGCCCGCGAAUUCUAAAACCAGGGGAGAAAAGUACAUUGGAAACUAAAAAAGUAGAAGCUGAAAAUAAAGGAAUCAAAGGAGGGAAAAAAGUUUAUAAAAGUUUGAUUACUGGAAAAGUACGGUCCAAUUCAGAAGUUUCAAGCCAAAUUAAGCAAUCCCUCCAAACAAACAUGCCUUCAAUCUCUCGAGGUAGAACAAUGAUUCAUAUUCCUGGAGUCCGAAAUAGCUCCUCAAGUACUAGUCCUGUUUCUAAAAAAGGUCCACCCAUUAAGACUCCAGCCUCUAAAAGCCCUAGUGAAGGUCAGUCGGCUACCACUUCUCCAAGAGGAGCCAAGCCAUCAGUGAAAUCAGAAUUGAGCCCAGUUACUAAGCCGACAACCCAACCAGGAGGCUCAAAUAAAGGACCAUCAAGAUCAGGAUCGAGAGAAUCCACUCCUUCAAGACCUGCCCAGCAGCCAUUAACCAGGCCUAUGCAGUCUCCGGGACGAAGCUCAGUUUCUCCUGGUAGAAACGGGAUAAGUCCUAACAAAUUAUCUCAGCUGCCAAGGACAUCAUCCCCUAGUACUGCUUCAACGAAGUCCUCGGGUUCUGGGAAAAUGUUGUAUACAUCCCCAGGGAGACAGUUGAGCCAGCAGAACCUGACCAAGCAAACAACGGGCUUAUCCAAGAAUGGCAGUAGUAUCCCAAGAAGUGAGUCAGCCUCCAAAGGACUAAAUCAGAUGAGUAAUAGCAAUGGGUCCAAUAAAAAAGUAGAACUCAACAGAAUGUCUUCAGCUAAAUCAAGUGGAAGUGAAUCUGACAGGUCAGAGAGACCUGUUUUAGUACGCCAGUCAACUUUCAUCAAAGAAGCUCCAAGUCCGACUCUAAGGAGAAGAUUGGAAGAAUCUGCUUCGUUUGAAUCUCUUUCUCCCUCUUCCAGACCAGAUUCUCCCACUAGGUCCCAAGCACAGACUCCAGUUUUAAGUCCUUCCCUUCCUGACAUGUCCCUUUCGACGCAUCCAUCUGUUCAGUCUGGUGGAUGGCGAAAACUACCCCCUAAUCUCAGCCCCACCAUUGAGUAUAGUGAUGGAAGACCAGCAAAGCGCCAUGACAUCGCACGCUCCCACUCUGAAAGCCCUUCCAGACUUCCCAUCAAUAGGUCUGGAACCUGGAAACGUGAGCACAGCAAACAUUCAUCAUCGCUUCCUCGAGUAAGUACUUGGAGAAGAACUGGAAGUUCAUCUUCAAUUCUUUCUGCCUCAUCAGAAUCCAGUGAAAAGGCAAAAAGCGAGGAUGAAAAACAAGUGAACUUUUCUUCAGGCACCAAACAAACUAAAGAAAACCAAGUACCCACAAAAGGAACAUGGAGGAAAAUAAAAGAAAGUGAAAUUUCUCCCACAAAUAGUACUUCUCAGACCACUUCCUCAGGUGCUACAAAUGGUGCUGAAUCAAAGACCCUCAUUUAUCAAAUGGCGCCUGCCGUUUCUAAAACAGAGGAUGUUUGGGUUAGAAUUGAGGACUGCCCCAUCAACAACCCUAGAUCUGGAAAGUCUCCAACAGGAAAUUCUCCCCCGGUGAUCGACAGUUUUUCAGAAAAGGGAAACCCAAAUGCUAAAGACUCAAAAGAUAAUCAGGGAAAACAAAAUAUUGGUAAUGGCAGUGUCACUGUACGUACUGUGGGUUUAGAAAACCGCCUGAACUCCUUUCUUCAGGUGGAUGCUCCAGACCAAAAAGGAACUGAGGCAAAACCGGGACAGAAUAAUUCUGUGCCCACAUCAGAGACCAAUGAAAGUUCUAUAGCAGAGCGUACCCCAUUCAGUUCUAGUAGCUCAAGCAAACACAGUUCACCUAGUGGGACCGUUGCUGCCAGAGUCACUCCUUUUAAUUAUAACCCCAGCCCAAGGAAAAGCAGUGCAGAUAGCACUUCUGCCAGGCCAUCUCAGAUCCCAACCCCCGUGAACAACAGCUCGAAGAAACGAGAUUCCAAGACUGACAAUGCAGAAUCCAGUGGAAGUCAGAGUCCUAAGCGCCAUUCUGGAUCUUACCUGGUGACAUCUGUGUGAGGGAAGUAGAAGAUCAUGUGUUCAUUACAACUGCUAUGGAGCAUUUUGGUUUCAAAUGAAACUUUAAAAACUGGGAAUUUUUGUAAAUAGGUUUGAUUCUUGUUAGAAGGUUUUUGUUCUGGAAGCCAUAUUUGAUAGUAUAAUUGUCUUCACUGGUCAUAUUUUGGGAGGCACUCAUAGUUUGGAAGAAAAUGGUAAAUCCAAGUAUAUUUGUACAGUAUGUUUUACAUGUAUUUAAAUAGCAUCCCACCCCAUCGUCCUUUAAUUAUUGCUUGUCUUAAUAAUUAAGUACAGAUAGAAGAUAUAUCUUGCUGUUAUCAAUCAUUUCUAGGUUAUAAACUCACUAAACUUAACAUCAGGGAGAAAUUGGUAUUUAUGCAAAAAAUAGUCUUUUAAUCCUCGUGUUUCCAUCUGACAUCAUAAUUAAUCAUGUGGCUGUGAAAUUCACAGUAAUAUGGUUCCGGUGAACAAGUCUGCCCAGCCUGCUUUGCUUUAGUGCAUGAAUGAAACUGGUGGUUCCUUUCCAGAAGUAAUGAUUAACAGUUCUGUGGUUCCAUGUGCGCAUUUAGAUAGCUACAGUGUAACAAAUCAUACUGUUUGUGCUCAAAACAAAAAAAAAAGUUGUGUAACUGUAAAACAUUGAAUGGAAACUAUUUUACCUGAACUAGAUUUUAUCUGAAAGUAGGUAGAAUUUUUUGCUAUGCCGUAACUUGUUGUAUAAUUCUAGUAUUUGAGGUGAGAAGGCUGCUCUUUUAUUAAUGAGGCAUGAGUGUGUCUCAACAGAAACUAAAUGAACAUUUCAGAAUAAAUUAUUGCUGUAUGUAAACGGUUACUUAGAUGGUAUUUGUUUGAAGGUUCUUAUUUUACAUUUGUAUUAAUAAUUGUUCAAAAGACCUCUUUGAAAACCUUAUAUAAACUUUUUCUUCAAA